GCGCAGGCUUUGUGUUCCUAUUCAACCUUCCAUGCCUUAGCUUACUAGCUCCACAGCUGGUGUUUUUAUUUGUCGUUUAACUGUUGCGGCACAUCAUUUUGAUGAAAAUGAUGAAUUAUUCUGACUACGACUCGGAGGAUUAUUCCUCUAAUGAAGAUGAAGACUACGUCCCCUCCGAUGACAACCUGAGUGAGGAUGACAUUAAUGAGUGUGAGAAGGAAGAUGGCCUGGAAGGAGAGGAACAGAACGAACCACGAACCGACCAUGUGAAGAAGAAAAAGAAGUCAAGUAAAGGGUUGUCUGUAAGGAAAAGGAAAAAAGGAGGGCUUAAGCUGGAAGAAGGUGAUGAGGAUGGAAGCCACAAACAGGAAAAAGAAGUAGAAGAAGAAGAAGGAGAAAAGGCGAAAGAAGAUGUGUCAAAGUCUGUAGAGAAUGAAGAGAAGCAGAAAAAGAAAGCAGACGAUCUUUGGGCUAGUUUUUUAAAGGAUGUUGGUCCCAGACCUUUAGCUCAGAGCCCUGCCUCCGAACAGAGCAUGGCCAUGACCAGCUCUGAUGAACCCAGUAAAAACACCACAGAAUCUUCUGAGCAAGAACCGAAACCUAAAGAGCCCUCUAGAAUCACAAUAACAAAAGUCUUCGACUUUGCUGGAGAAGAGGUCCGGGUCACUAAAGAGGUGGACGCGAAUUCACGAGAAGCCAAAAGUUUCCUGAAAAAGGAGGAGAAGGUGGAGGAGAUGCAGGAGCAGCAGUCCCUCUCUAUAGCCCCUUCAUCACUCACUCCUGGACCCAGUGCGAAGAGGCCAGCAGGGAUGGGCAGCGUCCUGAACCGUAUCGGAGCCAAGAAGCAGAAAAUGAGCACGCUGGAGAAGUCCAAGCUGGACUGGGAUGCGUUCAAAACUGAGGAGGGCAUCACUGAUGAGCUGGCCAUCCACAACCGAGGAAAAGAGGGGUAUGUGGAGAGGAAGAACUUUCUGGAGAGAGUGGACCAGCGGCAGUUUGAGCUGGAGAAGACUGUGCGUCUUAGCAACAUGAAACGGUGACUGGAAAAUGUACAGGAUGGAUCCAGUAGUACAUGGACUGUAUACACACACACACACACACACACACACACACACACACACACACGCUCUCUAUACUGUGAGUCACUAUUUGACUCUUUUGGCCGUCUCUCUGACGGGCAGCUCUCUCGCCUCCUGCUUCUGACCUUAGUCCACAUGAGAAGCACAUUCAUCCAUGAUUGGUGCCACCCAUCUGAUGAUCUAGCCUGUAUCCACCUCCACUGACCUGAUCUGUAUGAGAAACCUAGAAAUGUUCACUCAUCUCUCACCCAUAAACUGGACUCAGUAAGGACAUAACAAUCAGGAGAAAAAAACAGAAUGGGGAUGGAUCUCAACAGAAUCAAAUCAAAGUCUCACGGUACUUCAUGGUAUAGUGAAAAUGAGAAUUUCAGUGAAUUUGUGUUGGUUAGGUUUGAUCUAUAGUGUUUCCAAAAGUGGUUACAGAUCUUGUUCUCCUGCUUCUCGCAGCUCAGUACUUUUCUUUCUCUGCUUUAACACAUGGGAUUUGGCUCUUGAAAAACCAUGUGUUUUAGAGUAGGGAAAACAUUAAACUAUGUAUUUGAUCUACAAGAUUUGAUAGAGUUCUGUAGUGAAAUAUGAUUCCAUAGUCAGUCAUUCUCAACCCCAGUCCUAGAGGCUCAGUGUACUACACUUUUUCUGUGCUUUAACACACCUCGUUUAAUUUAUCAGGUAUUUACUAAGGUGUCUGAGAACUUAGUCUCAACACGCAGGAUUUUCAGGUCUAGGACCAGCAUCCAGUGCAUUUUCACUCUUAACGAACAAAAAGACGUCAUACUGAGCUGCUUCUCAGACUCGUAGUCGUUCAGGGGCGUUCUCGGGAUUGAAACAUAAGGGUGUGUAGUUGUUUGUUCCUGUAUUUGUGCCGUUUCUCCUUUGAGAGUUUGCUCUGUUAAGAUUGAUUGUAUGGUAAUUACACCUCUCCUGCUGUAAACAACUUUUUUUUUUUUGCCCUUUGACACGGAAUAAAUCAAAUCAUUUGGUUUGA